AUGCUGCAGCUUCACCAGGCGCUGGAGACGCUUCGGCCCAAGGACUUCGGCGAGGUACCCCUCGAAGAGCUCAGCCUGUUCCUGUCAGACAUAUUCUCCAAAGCAGAGCUUAUAGCCAAUUCUGUACCUCCUCCACCCAAUGGCGCGCCCUACGAGUCCUCUCAGCGCUCCCGAUCGGACGCCAAUUGCGCGACUUCAGCCGCUGAUAUGACCGUCUCGCAAGCACGACGACCCCCACCGCAAAGCGACCAUGAAGAGCUACGCAAGGCUUGGGGGAAGCCUCUGAAGAUGUCGGCGAAGGACAGUGCGUUGGGCAUAAGCGUGUUUAAAAUGGCAGGCCAUGAUAGACACGGCGCGUGGUUUGCGAGGUCCAGCGUACACGAGGGGCUAGGGUUCGCCAAGUGGAAGAGGGCCAUGUUAAGGGAAUUUCCAGAGAGCUUGGCAGUAGAGGGUGGCCCUGGAGAGGGCAAUGUGAGGGGUAUUGGAGGGGACAGGAGGCUGGAAGAUGUCGAUGUUGAUGGAGUGGGAAGGAUGGAGGUCUACCAACUCUCCGCUCAAUUCCCCGGACCUACCUCGCCUCGAGAAUUCAUCACUCUUCUUCUCACCUCCGACAACUGCCUGUCGAAUGCUUCCAAGGUCGGCAACACUAUACCCCGCCAUUACAUGGUUGUCUCCAUACCCGUUACACAUCCCCAAGCUCCACCCCGAAAUGGUCUCGUUCGAGGCUACUAUGAAUCCGUGGAGAUGAUCCGCGAGAUCCCCCUCGCAUCUUCCAAGGUCGCCUCUACCUCGAACCUCCUCCAGCAUGAAGCCAAGAAAUCUAGGCAUAGAGGCAGCACAAUUGGGUUCGCUGAAUCGAGGGGCCCAGGAGCUAAAGGGGAGAAAAUUGAUCGGAGGGACGGGCCAGGUGACGACGACCCAGAGAGAAACCCGGUUGAGUGGAUAAUGAUCACCAGAAGCGACCCCGGAGGUGGCAUCCCUCGAUUCAUGGUCGAACGCAACACGCCAUCAAGCAUUGUCCAAGACGCAGGGAAAUUUCUGGAAUGGGCGUGCAGCAGGGACGACUUCCUCCCACGAGAAGAAGACGAAGAGAUUGCAGAAGAGAGCAUCCGGAAAAGUGUGGAGACUGAGCGUAAUUUCUCCAUUUUCGAGUCCAAUGGCAUUCUGGCUGGCAUUGGAACUAGCAUCGCGGACAAGCCAACAUGGAGGAGACAUUCGUCCCACAACGCCGUAGAGAAUGGCGGGGAAAGACCGGGCUCGAUCAGGCCUAUGACCGAUGCGGUUGAAGUCUACCUUCCCAACGUCCUCAACCCUCUCCAGCGGAUAGAUUCCCACAGCUCCUCUUCAACAUCCUCAUCUAUCGGCUCUUUCGCCUCAGCUGAGCAAUUCAAUACCGCGCCCGAAGGCCUCCCUGUCGACAACUCCAUGGCAACGCCUUCAACAAUGUCCGAAAAAUCCAUGGCGCUAUCACCAUCUGACUCUGGAGGCCAAAUGCAGAACAACCAGAUGAGCCGCGAAUUCCAAAAGAUCGAGCAAAAGCGGCAGCAGCUUAAAGACAGACUCGACCAGGCGCGGGAGAGGCAGAGCAAGGAAAGCCAAGAAGCAAGUCUGAAGUCGGCAAAGGAGCUGGAAAAGGCCACAGAAAGGCACAGCAGAGAGCGUAAGAAGCAGGAAGACAGGUUUGCCAAGGAGGUUCAGAAGCUUGAACAGCGGAGGGAGCGAGAGACGAAGAAACUCCUCGCGCGUCAGCAAAAGGAGGCGGAUAAGAAUACGCUUCUCAAAACGCAACGAGAUCGCGAUGAUUGGAAGGAAAAGGCGGGAUUAGCUGAGCAGGAGAAUAGACUGCUCAAGGAGCAGAUUGGGGAUUUACAAAGGGAAAAUACAGCACUGGUAGCGCGCAUAGGGAAGACGGAAAUUGGACUGGAUUUACUGAAAAAAGUCCGAGAGGAAAUGGACGGGAAGAGUAGAAAGAGGGCGAGCUCAAGAGCGAGUGCUGAGAGUAGGGCUAGCAGGAAUAGCGCUGGCGGUGGUGGGAGGAGGAGUGAACAGCGGAGCGAGCAUUCCAUGCUGGCGCAUGAGGAGACGACUUGA